CGGACGUUGUGGGCUAGCUCUGAAGAUUAAGAACUGAAGGAAAGCCCUUACUGCUGGUCCCAGAAUUAAACUUUAACAGAAAUGACAAGCUGAAGAUGCAUUCUGCGAAAAGUAUGUUAAUAUGAGGGGCAUCAUGAAUUCCCAACUCUUGCUCUUGUUCUGUCUUGGGAUAUGGCCUGGGCAAACAGACAUAAAUGCAUCCGAUCCGACUGUUGGCCAAACAGACACAAAGAGAAACGAUUUUCUUCCCAAACCCAGCCUCAGUGCUUGGCCCAACUCAGUAGCCUCAGAGAAUAGCAACGUGACCCUGCAGUGCGUGAGUCCCACCCCAGGCAUACAGGUUUCUCUCAGAAAGGGAGAUGUCAUUUUGGAUUCCAGACUUCCACAUCAUUUGACACAGGGGACAGCUGAAUUUCGUCUGACUAACCUACGGCAGGCAGACGCUGGAUAUUAUACUUGUGAAUACUAUCUAAAGGAGUCCCCUGAUGGAAUCUCACCUUCCAGUGACAGUCUCUUACUACUGGUGACAGGGUACCUGUAUAAACCUUCCCUCCGAGUCCACCACUCGGGCCUGAUGACCAUGGGAGAAAAGGUGAACCUACAGUGUCAGAAGCCAUACAAUUUGACAGACUAUAAAAUGUUCGCUCUGCUAAAGGAGGGAACUUCAUCGCCCAUACAAUUUCAGAACUCAGAAAGCGACAUAGUGAAUUUCACCCUUCAGAAAGUGACAGUCAAUGACUCAGGAAGGUACAGUUGUGUGUACCUUCAGACAGAACCCCCUUUCAGAGCCUCGAAUUCAAGCGACUAUCUUGCAAUCUCAGUGGCAAUUUCCCCAAGUGCCGUAUCAGAAUGUUAUACCAAGAGCAAUCUCAUCCGUCUGGGAAUAUCCGCCAUGUUUGUGGUGUUUAUGGCAGUUUUCUUGGCUGAAGCCUGGAACAAUCAGAGGGUGUCACUAAGCAGACCCAGGCCCUACAGCACCCCAGGGCUACCAUGAAUCAUUGGUCAAAGAGGACAAGUUGCUCUUCAGUUUUCUACGAAGCCUGCACUGCCCGCUCUUUGAAAGUUAUCCUGGGAUGGGUUGACAGUUCCAUCUCUUCAUUCCUUAUAUGUCACAGAGGACAGAACUGGGCAUGGAUGUUCACCAGAUACUUCACUGUUUUACAAUUACUACACUGAAAACAAAUCUAUUUUUUUCCUAUAGA